AUGGGUCUCUUUCUUGGCGUUCUCUUCUUCUUCAUCAUCUCUUCUGCCACUGCUUGUGAUCGUUGCGUUCGUCAAUCCAAGGCUGCUUAUUACUAUGAUGAUACAUUAUCCAUUCAUCAAGGGGCAUGUGGGUAUGGCUCCUUGGCGUUAGAAUUGUCCAAUGGGUAUGUCGCAAGUGCUGUCUCAACUCUUUAUAAAGAAGGAGCUGGAUGUGGUGCCUGUUUUCAGGUAAGGUGCAAGGAUAGAAGAUUGUGCACCACUGCAGGGACUAAAGUGGUUGUGACAGAUCAAACUAGCAAUAACAAACAUGACUUUAUCCUCAGUAAGAAAGCAUACUCCGCAAUGGCUUUGCAAAAUAAGCGAAAAGAACUUUUGAAUCUAAGAUUAGUUGAUGUCGAGUAUAAAAGGAUACCUUGUACCUACCGAAACAAGAAUUUGUCGGUACGAGUGGAGGAAUGGAGCCAAAAGCCAAACUACUUGGCCAUAAAAUUCCUUUACCAAGGCGGCCAAACAGAAAUAAAAGCAGUUGAAAUAGCUGAGGUUGGUUCCUCAAAUUGGGAACCCAUGCAGAGAAACUACGGUGCUAUUUGGCACACGACCAAAGUAAUUGAAGGAGGAUUUCAGUUGAUGAUAAUGGUAGCUUCAGGAUACAAUAAUGAGAACACGUAUUUUACAAAUUAUGAACUCCCUAAUGAUUGGAAAAAUGGAGAGAUCUAUGAUACUGGAAUUCAAUUUGAUGACAUUGCCAAGGAAAUUUGCCUGCCAAACAAGUGUGGCGAUAGGCCAUGGAAAUAA